AUGGCCAAGACCGAAGCCCUCGCGCUCGGAUACGGUACCGCCACGAUGAACAUCACAGCCCAGAUCACGGCUGGUUCAGCGGAUGAGGAUAAUCAAGUGCUCGAGGCCGCUUUUUCCGAGAAGUCGGAUGGUUGGGGCUUCGCGAUGAUGUUCCAGCGAGACCUAUUCGCAGAGGAACCGUGGACGGGGAACCCCCAAUCCGCCGAUUACUUUUCCGAUAGCUAUUGCAUCACCUUGGGAACCGGCGAGACGGUGUAUGGAGGACUGGAGCAAGUCUCCUUCUCGGGCACCCAGGGCACGUUUGACUUCUCACCCUCGGCGGCCACCAGCCUCCACAUCGACCGACACCUCCUCGUGGAAUUCAACGUUGCCGAGCAGGAUCUACGGCACUUUCAGGCCGUGCUGAGAAAGGUCGUGACAUGGGGAAUGCCCUCUCAAGUUCCUCGAAUGAAUGGAUUCGAUUGA